AUGGACCGCACCAGAAACCUGGACAAUUACUUGCCACCAGCUUCCAGCGGUAGCACCGCCAUUGCUGGUAUCGUUCUAUGGAUCGUUGCCGGGAUCUGCCUCCUGUUGACCUUCCGCAGCGCCACGGCUGUUCAGCAGUGUGUUCAAGCCUGCGGAGGUGGCUGCGUGGAAGUCGGAGGGCGCCAUGUCGAGUGCGGAGGUCAUGGAGAGGCUUGCUUCGAUUUUUGCCGAACGCAGCGAGACGAGAAGGCUUGCAUCCAGAAGCGCCAUUGUAUUGAAGAAGCGGACAAGGAAUGGCACAAGGUCCAGGCCUGCGAGAAGGAGCAGGAGUGCGAUUUGCAGGGCCUGCUAGGCACGGGAAAGGGCUUUGAACUGAUGUCGGUGCUCGCAUCAGUGCUGCCUGUGCUGGGCACGAUUUGCCUCAGCCUCUUUCAGGAACCUUUCCAGAUGGAUGCCUCCGUUUUGAGGGACCUGUACUGCUCGGACUACGUUGCCCGGGCCAUGUGGCUGUUUGGAGUCUUGCUGACCCUCUAUGUGGCAUGGCUUCUGAUUGCUACAUUCAGCCCCAGCAGUGAAGAGGAGGGUGCCUUGGUGGAAGUAGUGGCCGGUGCCUUCGCGCUGACGGUGAACUGUGGUGCGUGCUUCUGCAUCAGUCUGGCGAGGUGCUGCUUGGCCCCGAACGGAUACGAGAAGUUGCCGCAGCGGUCGUGA